AAAUGAAGUCACUGGCCGCACCUGCAAUUUUUCUUAUCGUUUCCAGUGUUGUAUGUGUCCUGUCCCUGCCGUCUCUAUUCAAGGAGAGAAUCGACAAACCAUCUCUCGAGAGGAAACAAACGCGGAACCUGUAUCAGUUUGGAUUAAUGAUCUGGUGCGCCACAAGUCGGAGUCCAUGGGAUUAUUACGAUUAUGGAUGUUGGUGCGGAUAUGGCGGAUCAGGUACUCCUGUUGAUGACACUGACAGAUGCUGCCAAAUACACGACUCAUGUUACGAUGUUCUUGUUAACAACAGCAUCUGUUCUACAUGGUGGAAGCCGUACUUUCUUAACUACCUUUUCACUCCCUGUCACAAAUGUGGCAUGCGUGAAAUGCGUGUCAGUUGCAAAAACGGAAGCACAAAGAAAUGA